AUGUACGUCCCCUGCGCUCUGCCGUCGACGCGACUGUCGACGACGACCUCGGCGCUGCCCAGUGUACCGUGUUCGACGGUGAAGCCGACGCCGUACAAGACGCCCGGAAGAGGACCGCACCCGAGGUUCAAGCACAGUCUCGGCGGCUUGUUGGAGGAGGAAGGGGAGGAGUUGAUCGCGAUCGCGAGCGCCACAGACGAGAUCGAGGUCGAUGAUCAGCACCAGCUCGAUCAUGGUGGGUUCUGGGCCGUGUUGACGCGGGAGGAGUUGAGCGUGUGGACGGUCACCGUGAGUCGGAGAUCGCCACCAGGCCUACAUCGCUGGGGCGUACGACCCUCAUCGCCGCCCGUCCCACUUCACUUACACCGCCCAGUCCCUACACCUCACAGCCCAAGGUCGUUUUGGCCAAACUGAGGAGAACGCCCUUGUCGCUGCGCACGCAUGGCUCCAACUCGCUCGUCGCGUUCCAUACCCCCACUCGGCUCGUCGUCACCACCACCUCCGGCCACCACCUGCUCUACUCGAUCGACUCGGCCGCAUCGGUCAACCACCGCACCAAGAGCAACAACGACGUCUAUACCGUGCCCGGCGGCCAGAAGGGCGACGCGAUGUGGCCCAAGGGACCGGGCGAGGGCGCGAACCUACAGGGGAUCGUCCUCCGGGCAGAAGCCGAAAGGGGCUUGGCCAUCGGAGACGGCGUCGGAUGGUACGUCAACGCCGCACCCACUCGAUCACCCCCCACCCCCAACCCCAACCCCAACCCCAACCAAUCUAAUCAUCUCUCGCACAACCCCGACAGUGUCUGCCUCACCCCGCAUUCGCUCAUUCUCGCAAUUCAAGAUCCGCCGACGCUCCGAAUCGUACCCUUCCCUUCGCCGUCCUCCUCGGCCACGGACUCGAACCAGGCUCACCAGCAGCCCCCACCCGCGAUACCUCCGCCGUCUUCCUCGGUCAACUUCAAUGCUUUCACCGACCGGCCUGGCCACGCACGCGAAGGAUCCGGAUGGGACGCCUUGGCUACGGGCUUCAAUCCGGCUGCCCCGAGUGAGGCAGAGACCGUCGUGCUCGACGAAUGGCCCUGGCUCAUCAACUGCGAUUCCGGAGAAGGUUAGCGAACGGUACUAGGCGUGCCGAUCAGAUGAACGGGUCUGAACCUCUUUUGAAUACACAGUCUCGGUCACCUCCUUGAUCCCCUUGCCCGAAGCGCCGACCUCGACACCCCUCGAAACCCCGAACCCCAACCACCCUCGACCGUCCAUUGCUCGCCGACAGUCCUCCACCUCCACGCCCAAACACAGUCACCCAACCAUCCCACCUCCCCGAACACCGACCCGGUUCGUCAUGCUCACCUCGGACGCCAGGGCCUACCUCGUGCGGUGGGCACCUUCCGUCACCCCUCCGCAGACACCAGGCACCUGGUCCCGACGGCCUUCGAGUACGGCUUCGUUCGGUCCAGCUUCUUCUUUACCGACCUCACCGAACCUUGAUGCUGGUCCGAAACGAGUGGGGGUCGACCAAGUCGUCUUUGAUGCCCCGGUCGAGUCACACGUUGCCCAAGAGUGGGAAUGGCAAGGCGUCUGUUUCCACCCUCGAGUCGAAGCCGUCGAGGACGGCGAUGAGCAGGAGAUGCUUCACAAGCAGGAAAAGCUACUGGACCGGGGUAAAGGCGGAACUUGUCUGGCUCUGAACGAAAAAUUUGGUUUGGUGGCUGUGGGAUGCCAAGAGUGAGUCGGCAUCAUAUGCAGCGUUGUUCGGAUCAGACUCCACUUGCUAACCACGCCUUUGCGGGGCAACUCAGUGGCACCAUCAGCGCAUACAACCUAUCUCUUGGCGCCGCCGCAACGACUUCCAACUCGCCUUCAUCGUCCUCCGAACUUUACGCUCCGACCUUUUCGCACGAGCAUUCGCUGCGCAAGUCCCUCAACACGACCGCCACGGGCCUCGACACGGGCCACGUCGCUUGCCUCUCCUAUACGCCCGACGGGUAUGCACUCGCCGUAGGCUGGCACCUCGGGUGGUCCAUCUGGUCCGUCUAUGGUCGACUCGGUUCGUGGUCCGUUUUAGGGAGUCUCAAGACUGGCUAUGGCGUCGAAGGGGAGAAAAGUGAUGCGUUCGAGGACCAUUUCAUGAAUGGCGUGAGGGGGAUGUUUUGGACCCGAGGAGGGUACGAAUUGGUCGUAUUGUGUCCACCGCCUGUGCAUCCCAAGUCGAAAGGUGAGCAUGCUUCCUUAUGAGCCUUUUAUCACUCUCCGUUGUUUUAACAGGUUCAUUCCCUUCGCAGCCCAUGACGAACAGCUGUUUGUGAUCCCAUUCGCCAAGAGUGCCGUUACGGCCGCUCAUACGCCCGAUAAUACGAAUCACGCUUUUUUGCAAAUGGACGAUCGGGUCAUGGUCUAUCGCGGCGCUGACCAACCGGACAUGAGCGUCAUCAACCCCGAGUCGGAUGUGUGGCAACACAUCAAGGUACGCCCACCGCAGUGGCAGAAGGAAGGCGAGAACCCAUCUGACCUACGGCAGUGUUGGGAAGCGCGUACAGAUCCCGGCGUCGUACAUUGCGACCCAACACCCAAUUCGGUACGCCGUCAUCUCCCACGACGCGCGCUUCAUCGCCGUCGCCGGUCGUCGAGGUUUUACGCACUACAACGCCCUUUCGGGUCGAUGGAAGUUGUUCGAAUCCGAGAAGGAGGAAAACGCGUUCCACGUCGUCGGUGGAAUGGCCUGGUGGGCCAAUCUAUUGAUCGUCGGAUGCGUCGAUCCAACGACCUUGACACGCUCUGCUCGAACGACAGGUAUCGAAAGGGGGUACCAACUCGCCGUCUUCGCACGCGAACAAGCGUUGAGUUUGGACGACUCUGCCUCGCUCGAAACGAUCGCUUUGUCCAGUCGUCCGUUGGUGCUCAGCGUCUUUGAUUCGAGCUUGUUGGUCUACACGGAGGAUAAUACGUUUCAUCAUUUCUUGAUGAGACCUCAUCCGAGGAUCCUUAAUGGCCGAGGGGUGGGGAGUAGAUUGAGGUUGUGCGGUAGUAUUGGGUUCGAAGGCGUCGUCAAGGAUCCUUGGAAAGUCAGAGGUCUGAGUUGGUUGGUACCCAAGAGUCAACAACGUGAGUCGAUCCUGAGGAUCUACAUUCCAUCGUCCCUUCAUCUGAUCAUCCUCUUCCUGCGUCUGAAUCAGAAUUCGGUGACCCCGCCGACGACCUCAACGUCGCCACGAUCAUCUUCCUCAUCUCGGGUCAACUCGUACUCCUUCGUCCCCGUCGAGCGGCGCACGAAGAAGUCAAAUACGACCUCCAAAUCCUCGCCGACCGGAUCGAGUUCUACUGGACCCAUCUUUCGGGGAUCGGCACGUUGGAGAACUCGUUGUGGGGUUGGGAUGGAGAGAGGAUCAGGAUUUGGUUGGACGCGUUAACGAUCGAGAAGGUUUUAGUCGAUGCGAAAAAGGAUGCGUACGAAAGAGUUAGCGAGUCGGUAGCGAUCAAAUUGGAUUUUUAUCCGCUGGGUGAGUCAGAGGGGAGCCAGUCGUGGAAUUUUGACGUUUCGGCUGAAUUUUUUGGUCGGACACCGUACAUGCUUAUAGCUGUCCUGAUGGAGAAAGGUAUCAUCGUCGGGAUCGAUCAGGAAACUUCGUUACGCAAGACGCUCGAUUUUGCCCUUUUCCGCAUCAUCACCUCGACCCAACUCUUCUUACACCACGUACUCAGGUUCCACCUCACUCGGCAUCCGAUGAGGGAGGCCGUUCUCUUCGCCUCCCAUUACCAGCACCUCGUCUACUUUGCGCAUGCGCUAGAGAUCUUACUACACGGUGUACUAGAAGACGAAGCGGACAAGCCCACGAACCAACUCACCUCGAUCGAAUCCCCUACCUCGGAAAAGAACGACGACGACGACGACGACGACGAGACUCGAGCCCCCACUCUACUCUCGACCGUGAUCGACUUUCUCGAUCAUUUCCCUUCCUCACUCUCGAUCGUGGUCAACUGCGCCCGCAAGACCGAAUUAACGCGUUGGUCACUCCUCUUCACCCAUGCCGGAUCACCACGUCGUCUCUUCGAACGAUGCAUCGAAUCAAGCGAAUACAAAACCGCGGCUUCGUACCUGUUGGUCUUGCACAAUUUGGAACCUUUGGAACAAAGUGGGAAGGAUACGGUCGGUUUGCUGAAAGUUUGUAUGCACCGGGGGGAAUGGACGCUGUGUAGGGAAUUGUUGAGGUUCUUGUAUAGCCUCGAUCGAACGGGGGGGAUCUUACAGGCCGCGUUGGAAGAAGGUGAGCUGAUCGCCUUCGUCCAUGCUUUGGGACCUCUUCGUUGAUCGACCCGAAAGGAGAAGAAAGAAGAAAAAGGCUGAUGACCUAACUUUCGACGUACAGGUUCGGCCCUUCCUAGGGGAUAUCGAGCGUCCAAUGCGAAGUCAACGUCGUCUUCGUCGUCGGCAUCCAAUCCUGGACGAACGGGUUCACCGACCCUGACGAUACAAGAGAGGAUCGAUCAACUUUCCUUGUCCGACGGAUCGACGACGUCUUCCUCUCAAGCGAGGGCGAAAACUCCUUUGGGGUCCGUGAGGGGGUUAGGUGCGUUGAUGGGUCUUUCGGAAGGGGGUGGGGGAGGUGGUUCGAGGCAGGAGUCGGAGAGGGAGCAGAAUUGGAGGGCGUUGGGGUUGGGUCAUUUGUUGGGCGGCGCGACGGGGUAG